CACUUAAAACCAGCCCAGCCCCUUCCUCCUGCAGUUGAAGUAAAGCAGGGGGGCGCAGGAUGAGGGCUCUCCUUGGGCUCCCCUGUGGUCACCGGACGGCCUUGUGGGUGAUUUUUCUGAUGUGGGUAGAAAAGGGGUCCGGCUGCCCUCCCCAGUGCCAAUGUUCUCGGCUCAGAGUGGACUGCACAAGAAGAUGGAUGCUCCACUUUCCCAGGGGAGUUCCCCUGACUACCAGGGAGCUGAUUUUACCUCAGAACCGCCUCACGGAGUUUUCGCAGUUAGAAAUGAGCUAUUUUGUGGAACUGGUCCAUCUGGAUUGUAGCUUCAACGCGAUACAAAUGGACGAGAAGUUCCACUUUCCCGCCUUAGAGAAGCUGACGUACCUGGACCUCAGUUACAACCUCUUGACCAUCAUCACGCCCCAGACAUUCUCUGAGCUGAAGAGGCUGCUGUUUCUGAACCUCUCCGGGAAUCCGAUGAUCAAGGAGAUUAAUGUGCAGGCCUUUGCCAAAAACUCUUUACUCAGCUACGUGGAUCUGAGCUACUGCGGCUUGGAGGCCAUGAGUGUGGAAGUGUUCGGCAGUCUCAACAACCUUCACACUUUGGGAAUCAGGGGGAACCCCUGGGAUUGUAACUGCAGCUUUCUGGAAUUCUGCAGCUGGCUGCGGCAGACCCUUCAUAGUCAUCACGCGACCCCUCGGGUGGAACUAAUAGACCGUGAAAAUAUUACUUGCAAAACACCGCCAAACCUUGAAGGAUGGCAAAUCUUUAAGGCAGAAGAUCAGGUCCAUCAAGAGUGCUUUCUGCAUUUUGACUUAAUGGGUUUCUUAGCACUGGGUUUGAUCGCUUUGUCAGUCUUCAUUGGAGGAACGCUGGUGGCUGGCAUGAUUGGCAUCCUCACCGUGAUCUACUCUCACCCUGUACUGAAGGUGGAGGAGGAGUCAGAGGACGAGGAAGACUACGAAAUGUAUUAGAACUGCUGUUUGGGACCUCAACACUUAAAUGACAA